AACCCACACUCUCUAUCGCCACACAGUAAUGGCUUCAUCCUCGUCGAGCUCGUCUGCCGAUUUUCAGCUUCGUCUCCAACCCACCGCCACUCGUAGUCUCCCUCGGCGUCACAUCACGCGGCAACAUUUCGCUUCAUCACCAAAUACCAGAAAGAAAUUCACAUUUUUUACUCAGAAAACGGCUAGUAGACGAACCAAUAACAGCAAUACAGCAAAAACUCGGACAGAAAGCGCUCUGGAGUAUAGGAAACUCGGAGAUUCCGACCUUAUUAUUAGUGAAAUCACGCUUGGCACCAUGACAUUUGGACAGCAGAAUACAGAGAAAGAGGCACAUGAUAUGCUUAAUUAUGCGUUCGAUAAUGGGAUAAAUGUCUUAGAUACUGCAGAGGCUUACCCAAUUCCAAUAAGUAAGGAGACACAAGGGCGGACAGAUCGCUAUAUUGGUAGCUGGCUGAAGUCUCAACCCCGUGACAAGGUUAUCGUGGCAACAAAAAUAUCUGGUUAUUCGGAGCGGCAAAGCUUUUUAAGGGAGAAUGCAAAAGUUUUGAGGGUUGAUGCUGCUAAUAUAAAAGAAAGUGUAGAAAAAAGUCUUCAACGUCUUGGUACUGACUACAUCGAUUUACUCCAAAUACAUUGUGAAAAUCUUUAUACCUAUCUUAACUCUUUAAGUGUGACAUAUUUCAGUUUAUCUUUGAAGAUUAAAGGUUUUACUGAGGUUCCCAAAAUACUGAAAAUAGAGAAACUGCUUGAAAAAGUGACAUUGAGUAGAUCUUAUAGAACUCAGAUAUUGAUGAUGAUGGUGGUGGUGGUUCUGGAGAGGGAAUUAUUGGGAGUGAAAGAUGCUGGCGCAGCUUGUAUGGGUGAGCUCUGGAGCAACGUGGUUACUCUUGGAAGUCUUGUUCAAUAUACGGAUAAGAAUGGACAGACUACAUUGUUGAACCAUAUACUGACUGCUGAUCAUGGAAAACGAAUUGCGGUUAUUGAGAAUGAGUAUGGUGAAGUAGAUAUUGAUGGUUCAUUAGUUGCUGCAAAAGCGGACGGAAUUGAAGACAUUGUCAUGCUCAACAAUGGGUGCCUGUGCUGCACAGUAAGGGGUGAUCUUGUGAGAAUGAUAUCAGAAUUGGUAAACAGAAAAAAGGGGAAAUUUAAUCAUAUUGUAAUAGAGACUACAGGAUUGGCAAAUCCAGCACCAAUUAUUCAGACAUUUUAUGCUGAAGAUCAGGUUUUCAAUGAUGUUAAGCUGGAUGGUGUUGUAACACUAGUUGAUGCUAAACACGCUGGUUUUCACCUUGAUGAAGUCAAACCUAAAGGCAUAGUUAAUGAGGCAGUCGAGCAGAUUGCUUAUGCUGACCGUAUUAUAGUGAACAAGACUGAUCUUGUUGGUGAGCGAGAUAUUGCCUCUUUGGUUCAGAGGAUAAGGAACAUUAACCGUAUGGCUCAACUUAAGCGAACGGAGUUUGGGAAAGUAGAUUUGGAUUAUGUUCUUGGAAUUGGAGGCUUUGACUUGGAAAGAAUUGAAACUGCUGUCGAUGCUGAAAGUUCUAAGGAAGAUCACACCAGCCAUGGCCAUGACCACGAUCACCACCAUCAUCAUGAACAUGAACAUGAACAUGACCAUGAACACGACCAUAAACACGAACAUCAUGAUCACCUUGCUCAUGAUCACACUCAUGACCCUGGUGUUUCUUCUGUCAGCAUAGUUUGUGAAGGACGCUUAGAUCUUGAGAAGGCUAACAUUUGGCUGGGUACAUUGUUAUUGGAACGAAGCGAGGAUAUAUACCGUAUGAAAGGUCUUCUGUCAGUUGAUGGAAUGAAUGAGCGAUUUGUCUUCCAGGGAGUACAUGACAUAUUCCAAGGUUCGCCGGAUAGACCAUGGCUCCCAGAUGAACCAAGAGUAAAUAAGAUCGUCUUCAUAGGAAAGAACUUAGACGCACAGGAGCUGGAGAAGGGCUUUAGGGCUUGUUUAUUGUGAUUCCACUACUUAAGACUCUAGUAAUUAACAACGAGUUAACUAUUUUAUCGUGUGUGGUGAAAACAAUAAAAACUAUAAAAAAUUUUCUGAUAUGCUUGUGGAAGCCUGAGUUUCAUGCAGAUUCAAUCAAUAGUCCACAUCUUCUUUCGCUUUC